AAUAUAACAAAAAAUGUUCUUGAAGAACACUAUAAACUCUAGCUUUAAGGUUAUGGGGUAGGGGUUAGGAUUAGGCAAGUAGCGCUUAUGGUUAGGGUAAGUCUCCAGGAAAUGAAUGUAAUUCAAUGUAAUGUCCUGUGACUGUGUGUGUGUGUGUGUGUGUGUGUGUUUGUGUGCAUAAAUAUGAAAGUGGAGACGCACCACACAAACAGCAGUUCUCUAGUUCUCACUUCCACUUCACCUGGCUCCUCUUCUCACACUAGUGUUUUUCCACUGAUAGAAGUCUGCAUUCUGUAUCUACGAUUUAAAGGCCGAUCCUCUGCACAACAAAAACAAUGAACAUCUCUGAGGAGGAGACACCGGGCUUCUAUGGCAGCGGCUCCCACCAAGAGAACAUUAUAUUUUCUACAUUUUACAUCCUGAUUUUCAUCAUCGCGGUGCCUGGGAAUGCCUUGGCGCUGUGGGCCUUCUUUCGCCAGGACAGCACGUCUCCAUUUAAAGUCUUCCUGAGGCACCUGUCCAUAGCAGACAUCUCUUACAUCCUCAUUUUACCCAUGCGCAUAGUUUACCACCUGUCCAACAGCUACUGGCCUUUCGGACAUAUCCUUUGUCAAAUAGCUGGCUUCCUCUUUUACCUUAACAUGUACUGCAGCCUCUACUUGAUGAGUUUCAUCAGCUUGGACAGAUUUCUGGCUGUGGUUCUACCUAUAAAAUCACGGCCAGUUAGGAAGGCUUUCUACGCAAAGGUAGUUGUUGGCAUACUUUGGGUGACAGUUAUUGUGUGUAUGAGUCCUCUACUUUUCUCCAUGAAGAAUGUGCCCAAAAACUCAACUGGCGUCUGCAACAAGCUGUACUUAGAGAAGACAUCUCCCACGGCUUUAGUUUCCACUAUUGUAGCAUUUGUUAUUCCCCUCACCACCAUAGUGGUCUGCUACAUAGUGAUUCUGCUGAAGCUGAGGUCAAUCAAGCAACAGGAAAAACGGCUGUUGAAGGACAAAGCUAUAAGAAUGAUCAUCCUCAUUGUGAUGAACUUCCUGUUAGCGUUCGUGCCCUACCAUGUGAGCAGGGUGAUCUACAUUGAAAGCCACAGCCAUGACCAUAUGACUUCAGCGAGCCACGAGUCACUGGGAAGAGCCAAUCGGGUCACAUCUGCUCUGACCUGUGUUAGUGCUGUACUGGAUCCUGUGAUGUAUUUCUUCUUGAACCGUGCAUACAGGGACACAUUGCUCCAGCUGUUCUGUAAAAGAUGAAGAUGAACAAUAAGCAACAAAUAUUAUGUAGACAAUAAAUAUAUAUAUUUUUUUUUUUAAAUUGCCAUCUUUUUAUAUAAUUUUUAGAGAGGUGUUUCAGACAUGAAUGCAAUCAACCUUUGAUUUUUAAAAUGUAGGGUUAUGUACAGUAUAUAUAUAUAGUAUGUGUGUGUGGAGGAAUAGGAAUAGGGGGAAUAUAUAUAUUUAUUUUAGGGCUG